UGACGUUUAUAAAUUAUCUUAUAAGAAGGUUAUUUGAAAGUCAAUGAUUUUUAUAUAUAAGUUUUUCUUGAAACAUAUGAAGUUAUAAAGUAGAAAGUAAUAUAAUUUUUUAUUCAUCUUUUAAGCAUUAUGGCUAUUCAUUGGGGUAUAGCAGGUGCUGGAAAAAUAUCACAUGAUUUCGUAUCAUCUUUACAAACAUUACCAGAAUCUGAGCAUAUAGUAGUUGCAGUAGCAGCACGUGAAUUAUCAAGAGCACAAAAUUUUUCUAGUUUGCAUAAAAUUAAAAAAGCAUUCGACAGUUAUACAAAAUUAGCGGAGGAUAAUGAUAUUGAUGUUGUAUAUAUUGGAACAUUGCAUCCUCAACACUUUGAAAUUGCCAAAUUAAUGUUAAAUCAUGGAAAACAUGUUUUAUGUGAGAAACCUUUAACUAUGAAUUUAAAGCAAACAACAGAAUUAAUAAAUUUAGCAAAAGAAAAGAAAUUGUUUUUAAUGGAAGGUAUUUGGAGUAGAUGUUUUCCCAUAUAUGAAAUACUUAAAAAAGAAAUUGAAUCUGGAAGUAUUGGAGAAAUUUAUCAAGUUUUAGUAUCUUUUGGAUUUAAAAUGCCUGAUGUUGAACGAUUGAAUAUAAAAAAUCUGGGAGGAGGAACUGUAUUGGAUUUAGGAGUAUAUGGAAUACAGUUUGCUUGUUUAAUAUUUGAUAAUGAAAUGCCUCAUACUGUACAAGCUACUGGUUGUUUGAACGAAGAAGGAGUUGAUCAAUCUACAUCUAUUAGUUUUCUUUAUAAAGGAAAUCAUACUGCAACUAUUCUUACUCAUUCCCGAGUUGAUUUGCCCAAUGAGGCUUAUAUUAUUGGUACGAAAGGAAUGAUAAAAGUGCCAAAGUUUUGGUGUCCGACGACUGUAGAAUUGCCGAAUGAAAUAGUAAAUGUUUCUCUUCCUGAAACUAAAUCCAAGUUUAAUUUUAUUAAUAGUGUUGGAUUGAGUUAUGAAGCCAAUGAAGUUCGCAAUUGUAUUCUAAAAGGUAUGAUUGAAAGUCCUAAAGUACCACAUAAUCAUUCUUUAUUAAUUGCACGAUUAGAAGAUGAGAUUCGAAAACAGAUUGGAGUUACAUAUUCUGAAGAUUAAAUUACUUUGAGAAAAUUAUUUUACUUGAUUUAAUAUGCUCUAUAAGAAACAUAUU